GGCGGGUGCCGGGAGGGACCGGACCGGGUCGGGUAGGGAGGGCGGCGGCGGAGGCGGGCGGGAUGGGUCCUCGCCGCCGGUUUUGCUGAGACUCGUUCGCGUGGGCUGCCCGCGGCUGGCCCGCAGUGGCCGCGGCGGCAUGAAGGGCGCUUUGGGGAGUCCCGUGGCCGCGGCCGCCGCCGGCUCCGCGAUGCAGGAGAGUUUCGGCUGCGUUGUGGCCAACCGCUUCCACCAGCUGCUGGACGACGAGUCGGACCCGUUCGACAUCCUGCGCGAGGCCGAGCGCCGGCGCCAGCAGCAGCUGCAGCGCAAGAGGCGCGACGAGGCGGCGGCGGCCGGGGCCAGCAGCCGCGGCGGCAGGAGCCCGGCCGGGGCCUCGGGCUACAGACCCGGCGCGGGCGGCUGCCGGAGGGAGUCCCAGAAGGAGCGCAAGAGCCUCCCGGCUCCCGGCGCCCAGCAGCCGGACAGCCCCGGGGGCGGCCCGCAGCCGCCCGGCCAGAAGCGAACUCCCAGAAGAGGGGAGCAGCAAGGAUGGAAUGAUAACCGGGGCACAGAGGUGACACUUGACAGAGCCGAGCGGAGACCCUACAGGGAAUAUCGACCCUAUGAGACUGAGAGGCAGGCGGACUUUACAGCUGAGAAGUUCACAGAUGAAAAGCCAGUUGAUAGGUUUGAUCGGGACAGGCCACUGAGAGGACGUGGAGGCCCGAGAGGGGGGAUGCGAAGCAGAGGCAGAGGUGGUCCCGGGAACAGAGCUUUUGACACUUUUGACCACAGAGGGAAACGAGACUUUGAAAGAUAUGGUGGGAGUGAUAAAAUAGCAAUCAGAACUGAAGACAACAUGGGUGGAUGUGGAGUUCGCACCUGGGGAUCAGGUAAAGAUACCAGCGACAUGGAGCUGACUGCACCCAUGGAGGAGUCCACAGCGAUGGAGGAGCAGGGCACCCUGGAAGAGGAAUCUCCAGCCAAAGUUCCUGAGUUGGAGGUAGAAGAAGAAACUCAAGUUCAAGAGAUGACCUUAGAUGAGUGGAAAAAUCUUCAAGAACAGACUAGACCAAAGCCUGAAUUUAACAUCCGGAAACCAGAAUCUACUGUUCCUUCCAAAGCAGUGGUGAUUCACAAGUCAAAAUAUAGAGAUGAUAUGGUAAAGGAUGACUAUGAAGAUGAUUCCCAUGUCUUCCGGAAAGCCACCAAUGACAUCACAUCCCAGUUGGAGAUUAAUUUUGGUAACCUCCCUCGUCCCGGGCGUGGAGCCAGAGGUGGCACCCGGGGAGGCCGGGGAAGGAUCAGGAGGGCAGAGAACUAUGGACCCAGAGCAGAAGUGGUGAUACAAGAUGUUGCUCCCAACCCAGACGACCCUGAAGACUUUCCUGCUCUGGCCUGAGCGAGCCGAGCCCUGUUUCCCCAGCGACCGAGCAGGGUUAGCGUACCUAUGAAGAGACUUUUCUUGCUGUGGGAAGAGAGUCAGACUCUAAGGACAAUAGAUGUUGCUUUUCCCGUGUGUGAA